UGGGAAAAUUGCAAAGCAGCUUAACAGAGGCCGGGACUGAGAGUGGAAAGAGGUGCUCAGUGUGGACCCACUUGGCCCUUGGGAGAAAGAAAGGACGUAGCCCCUGCUGCCCUGGAAGAGACGUUCUGUUGCAAAGCCUUCCAAAGCCAGCGGGCACUCCGCUGUCUCAGAAGGGAGCUGUUUGCAGUGCUGGUCACAGCCUCUGGUGCCCUCCUCGGUCACUCAUCUGAUUGUUACAAUGAGUCUGCGGAAGCAAACCCCCAGUGACUUUUUGAAGCAAAUCAUCGGACGGCCAGUUGUGGUAAAAUUAAAUUCUGGAGUGGAUUAUCGAGGGGUCCUGGCUUGCUUGGACGGCUACAUGAACAUAGCCCUGGAGCAGACAGAAGAGUAUGUGAACGGGCAGCUGAAGAAUAAGUACGGGGACGCGUUCAUCCGUGGGAACAACGUGUUGUACAUAAGUACACAGAAGCGAAGGAUGUGAAGACGCCAAGAGAGCAAUAGUUUUCAUAGUUGGAUAUAUUUUUUGUGAAAUUCUUUUCUACUUUUUGGUUCUUUUGUGAUGUAAUUUGUCCUGUUUCGUAAUAGUUGGUGAGUUUUUAACUGACAUGUGAGUAAGAUCAAUGUAUACAGCUGUGGAUUUAAUUGUAAAAAGUUCUUUGACACUUAAAUUUCAGUCGUUUUCUUUUACCUCUAUGUCAGUGUACAGAAUGCCGAAAGAAUAAAAAAAUGACAAAA